UUCUUUCGUUUAUAAAAGAAGAAGUGUUAAAGAUUUUGUUUCAUCCAAAGUUGCAUGAAAAAUGUGCCUUUUUCACCAGUCCAUACAUUUGUAGUAGCACGCACACCCAGCAUGGCACUUAAAAUUACGAAAAGAAAUGGAGUGACAGACCGGCAAGCGGAGUUGCGAUCAGUAAUUAAACACGCGAUCGCAAGUCGGCCGAAAUUACCAGUCGCCGCAAAGAUAUGGAUUUAAAAAAUAAGAAUGUUAUUUAUGUGGGUGGAUUUGGUGGCAUCGGCUUUUGUUGCUGCAAAACUCUUUUAGAACAAGGGGUGGCCAAUGUGGGUAUCAUGGAUGUGGUUGAGGAUCCUGAAAUGCUUGAGACGCUACAGGCUGUCAAUAAAGCUGCUAAUGUAUUCUACAUUAAGAUGGACCUAACAGAUAUGGUAAAUAUAGAAGGUGCCUUCACAGAAGCACAUGACACUAUGGGGCGAUUCGAUAUUGUGGUGAACGGUAGUGGUAUAAUGAAUGAGCAUGAAAUCGAACGAACAAUACAAAUUAAUUUGAUUGGUGUCAUUUACAGCACUUUUGCGGCUUUGCGUUUGAUGGACAAAUCGAAAGGUGGAAAUGGCGGUCUAAUUGUAAACAUUUCCUCAAUCGUUAGUUUGGAUGCUUACGGUGCAUACGCUGUGUAUACUGCGUCAAAAUAUGGUGUUAAUGGAUUCACAAGAGCACUUUCGGACCCGUAUUAUUAUAGCCAAACAAAAGUGAGUUUCAUCACCAUCUGUCCGAGCACUACGGAGACAGCAAUGAUUGCUUCGCUACGCAUGGAUGCGUUAACAACAUUUGAUCGUAUGCCCCCGCUACCCAAAACGUUGUGCAACAAUCAAAGCCCUGAGAAUUGUGCCUACAAUUUAGUUACAGCCAUAAAGACUGCCAAAAAUGGUUCAGUAUGGAUUUUGAGUGCCGGCAUUCUAAGGGAGUAUCACUAUCCCGAUAUCUAAGUGAGAAAUAGAUCAGGCAUUGAAAAGUAAAUGAUAUGAUUUUAAUGUCAAUAAUAGAUUUCAAAAAAGUGUCAAUUAUGUUAUUUUACUUUUUUUCAUAGUCGGUUAUCAAAUUAUUUUGAAACAUAUUGCGGUUUAAAAACAUAGUUAUAUAAAUGCAUUCGUUUAAAAAUAUUUUAAGGCCAAAGGAAUCUACAUAAAUUAAUGUUUGCUCUUAAAGGUAGUUUAGUAUCAUUCCCGUGAAAAAUUGGUUGGAUAAUUGACAACUAACAAAAAUCAUUAAUUACUUAUAUAUGUAUGUGUAUGCUGUGCCUGCCAGCAAUUUUUAUUUUAAUUGCAGUAGAUCUCAUGAUAAGGUUCUUUUGAAAUUUAAUUACACCUAUGUUUGUACGUACAUAUGUAAAUUAAUCAAACUCGAAUAGAAGCCAUGAAACUAGUUAUUAAAACAAGGAAAUAUAUGCUAACAUAACUCUAGUGAUAGUCUAUAAAAUGUAUGAGUUUCGGUGAAUAAAAAGAUAAUAUAUGUAUUCCUAACAAUUAAUUUGAAUUACAAAUCGAAAACUCUGUUCAAUAUAUGAAGAGCAUACAAUUUAGUUUAUACAUACCUAAGGAAAGAAUAAAAUUCAUACCUACAUGCAUA